UUAAACGCUACGAAUGCUCCCAGAUAAGGGAAUGUGUUGAUUGCUGGGACGUGUUACAAAUGUAGGGGUGGCAGUAUGUCAUUCACCAGCGAAGGAAGCGAUGGAAGAGACCACUAUGCGGAUGAGGAGGUAGAAAAUGAUCCUCCGCAGGCAUAUAUUGAAUCCACUGCUGUAUUGGUCGGGCGUCGUGGUCCUGGAAUUUAUCGGCAUUCAAACCUGCAAUAUGAACUGAAACGGCAAAGUAAUGGAGAGUCUGCGCCUGGUAUAAAAAGACUUUCUGGCCCUUUCAAGCCGUCACUUACUCCUGGUCUUGGAACCAGACGUGUAGUGAACCUGGGUUCUAGUCAUGACAAGGAAAUCAAGUUUAGUAUGGAGCCACGACCGGGUGAUGAGGCGUUUAGCGAGUGGCGAGAAGCCAUUCGCUUGAUGGCUCGUCUGGGUGAUGGUCUCCCGAAAUUUGUACGGCGUCGUGUCUGGUCCACUCUCGCUGAUCGCCAACUGGCAAAACAGCAUGUAGACUGGCAACAUGUAGUUCGGCUAGCAUUCAACGAUCGAUCCAAUCCGGAUGAUGACAGCUUGGGGUCUCAGAUUGUGAAGGAUCUGCAUCGAACUGGAUGUGAGCAGUUCGGGUCGGAUGAGGACAGAGCGUCAUUGAAACGUGUACUGCUUGCAUAUGCACGUUGGAAUAAACGAGUUGGUUAUUGUCAAGGUUUCAAUGUGAUUGCAGCUGCCAUUCUGGAUGUGAUGGAUCGUGAUGAAAAAGAAGCUUUCAAGAUAAUGGUUUACUUGAUCGACUAUGUGCUACCCGAAUCCUACUUUGCUCAAAAUUUGCAAGCACUUUCGGUGGACAUUGCGGUGUUUCGUCAUCUUCUUCAGACCAAAAUUCCUCGUCUAUCAGCUCACUUGGAUCGACUACAGUACAAGGCUGCUGUUGAAGCCAACUCUAAAAUUGGCCAACCUGUAGUGAAUCCUUCGCUAUUCGGUCGUGCACAAAGCUUAUACGAACCCCCUCUGAUGAACGUCUACAUUAUUCAAUGGUUUCUAACGUUGUUUGCCACAUGCCUAGCACCCGACGCCGUACUACGCAUAUGGGAUAGUAUCUUACUGGAGGGCUCGGAAGUUAUUCUUAGAACAGCUAUUUCAGCCGAUCAAUUCUACGGAACCAUGACAAAACUGGUCGCCGAAUUUGCCGAGGGUCGAAUCGUCAGCACGCGCGAGCUUCUGUUCGAAAUUUACCAGCUGGCUCCAUUUCCUUGCAUGGAGAUCAAAGAACUGCGAGAAAAGUUCACUUACAACAUUUCGCCACUAGUGUGGGACCCCAUCACGGAGAACAAGACGAACUUGGCACCUCAUUCUAAGACUGCUAGCGGACAAACGGCCAGCGGGGUAAAACGUUUUCGUUUAAUAAUGCCAUGGAGGUCAGAGCGGAAGGAAGCGGCGAACGAAAUGCGAUCCACUUCUAAGGAUACCAAUGGAGCUCCAGUCGGCAAAGAUGCACCCGACUCCCGGGAGGAAUACUCUGUUUCCAAAUCGAAUGGGUACCACAGAAAAGAGAACAACCAGGUUACAUCCUCCACUCAGGAUGAUGACGGGUAUCAAGAAGUUAGCCUGGCUCCUCCAGUUCGAGGGAACAUAAAGAGAAAGUUUUCGUUAUUCCCCAAUAAGUAUCAUAAGAGUUCUUCUGCUGUGGAUGGCAGCCAACAAAAAAGUUCACAUAAUCUGGCAACGGCAGACGACAAUCAAGGACAGACUAUCGGUCUCGAUUCAUCAUCAUUUACUAUAUCGCUUCCCCAGAGUGACAGGAUUCUAUGUCAGUCUUCGGAAGUGUUGGACUCGCUUCCUUCACAUAAACAAAGAACACCGUCGAAUACCUUCCCACCUGAUACCAGCUGCACAGGCAGGAAACAGACAUGUGACCGAAGGUUAAGUUUGCCAGUCAGUCACACAGCAUCUGAUAUCAGUAGGAUUGGACCUGGUGCGGUAGGUGAGAUUGUUGGACCGAAACCUAACGUCCGAUCACCGUUGGCACAUCGAGCCCGAAUGAGUACCAAAUUGACAGAACUGAAGUCUCAAUACCGACGACAAAUUAACCGACAGAGACGCUCGACUCUCCUGUUACCAGACAUGUGGAGCUGUGAGGAGUGUGCGCCCACAAGCAUUAUUCGAUUCAAUGAGACAAUGGUGACCGCCGUGCUACCUCAAUCUAGGCAGAGCAAACCUAUGGAUUUUGGAACCUCAUUUCAUCUAAACGGUCAUCACCUGCUGACGGAGCACUAUCCUGCGGACACUUCAGAACAAUCGCAUAUUACUGAUGACGUGUUUUUUGACCCGGUGGGUAAUUCGAGCAAGACAUUCCCCACUGAACCAUCCAGAAAGUCUUCCAUUAUUCUCUUAUCCGACUUGAGAGAAGCUCUAUUGGUUGAUCCGGAUCUUCAAGGUUUGGUCAGGCGCUGGCAGGCCAAGGCAGAUUGGUCCAGCAGACCGCUUAGCUCUGACGUUGUGGAGGAAAGUGAAACUGGGCCACUGAAUCAAGUAUGUGAAGACGGAGAGGGACGGGAAGCCAUCAAGAAGAAGGCAGAGGAGACAACAGGUGGCAAUGAAGAAAGUAAAAAUUCGCCAAAUUCUCGGAUAAAACAACCCCAGUUUAAUCAACUAACAUUACGUGAACUUGCCGAUUCGAUGCUUCGUAAGACGGCGCCACAGCUAGCAAAAGUUGGUGAAGGCACCCUAUCUGGGAUUUCAACUAGCGACAUAGAUGGGAGAGCCAACCCUGAAACGCCCGUCGGCACUCCGGGUACAUCUUCUAGAACAAGUUCAACAGAUGAACGAAGGAAGUUUAACACAUCCCUUCAAAACGAUGUAUUUUACAACAUAUUGUCCGAACAUAUUGCUCGACAGAACGGAAUCAGUUCAUCUGAUUACCUAGAUCUCGAUGAACCGCAUGAUUCGGAAUCGUCUGUUAAUGAAACAGACUCAUACUAUACUUCGGUGUCACAACAGGCCACAAAGAAAGCGCCUUGGGAAGAUUCAACCCUAUUUAGUCGAAAGCGUACUAGUGUUACAUCGGUAACUAAACCUGCCAUCGGACUUCAGCUGCCUCUGUCACCAACGCGCCGUCAGUUCGGAGCUCAGUUCGGUUUGUACAAAACCAUCCCUUCACAUUCAAACCAUGUUUUGUCCACAUUCUGUGAUCGUGUACAAUAUGUAAAUCUUACUAGGUAUGCUCUGAACCGUCUGAACUCUAACUUCUGACAAAACCCAGUGUUUUGAUUUCCCUUUCUUCAAUUGCAUCUAUUUUAAGAAUCCGGCGUACACAAACCUUUUCUCCCUCUCUAUGACACGUUUCCUCCGGCUCGCUUGUUUCUGUUCUUAGACUAUUUACUCUUCCAAAUGUAUCUGUUUUGGUCAUGUAUGGUACUUGAAACCACACCCCAUAGAUUGUUUUACGAACGAUGUAUUUUUGUCUGUGUGCUGGUGUUCCAUUUUGUUCUUGAGUGACGAAUUUAGUUCCU